AUAUAUUGCGUAGCCCCCAAACACUUUCCUUUCCCUACCUUAUUGACUCUUCUAAGCCCUCUAUUGCAUAGCCCCAAAAAUGCUCGACGAAAUUACUGCCUGAAACUAGAAAGUGUGCUGCGCGCUCUCGUCUCUGUGCGGUAGAGUCAACAAUGGAGGACGAAGCGAUGCAGACGGCACCAGAGCCUCCGAACAAGAGCCCUAACUCGGAGCUCUCUCCCCAUCCUGCCAAAAUCAGGGAAGAAGGCGAGCUGUCUUCCGACGAUGACGACGAAAAUACCGUUUGCUCCGUUCCACAUUCCACUGCUAGCAGUGUACCUACUUCAGAGGCCAUGCUGGUUCCGCCAAUGAACAAGUUCACCCAAGGUACUCAAGAGGGUAAGGCUCUAUGUGGAAAUGUUCUUGCAAGCUCUGCUGAUAUUCGGUCCCAAACAUCCGUACAACCUACUUCCCAGAAAAUCAGUGAUAAAAACCGAAUACCAUUAAAAUCUGCCACACCGGGAUGGCGUGCCCCUCUGGGCGCCAACGAUGAUCUUGUGAUACGCUUCUCAGAUGAUGACAGUGAUUCUGGAGAAAAAGAGCACAGGAUAGAAAAAGCCAUGGAAACGAAAAGUCAUGUGACUGGAGUGGUAGCCAAUGGAAAACCACCUACUUCAUCAUUUGCCAGAUCAAACAUUUUACGACAGACAGCCAGGAAUGUGGACAAAGUAAUGCCCAAAAAAAUGUCUAUGAAUCGUACUUUUAUCCCAUCGAUGACCAAAAUCCGCGGAGUAAAUUCUAGGGAUUCUGGGCCUUCAUCAGUUAAUCAAGGAUCUCGAGUUAGAAAUUUUAAUUCCAUGAACAAAAAUGUAGUGAGCCGAGAGCGUGGAUACGAUCAAGGUGUGGGCUUGAACAGUAGUAAACUUCAGGACUUGCGGCAGCAGAUUGCACUCCGGGAAAGCGAACUAAAGCUUAAGUCUGCCCAGAGAACUAAGGAAUCAAUUACACAUGAAGCUAGUAAAUCCAGUGCGAGAUAUUCUGAUGUAAUAGAGAGAGAACCGAAAGAGCCAGAAAAGAAACGUAUGAAAGUUGGUGGCUCUUUUUCCACCCAGCUAAGUGCACUUGGCCCACAAGAUAUACCUGUUGCAAAAUCUACUUUAUCAUCUAAACUCCCAGCAGUGGAAAACAAUAAUCCACCGGAGAUGGUUAAGAUCAAUCAUGGCCAGAAAGGAAUUCCAAUAGGUCCAACAGAGUCAAGCAUUGUAAAAUCGAAAAGUCAAAGUGAUAAACAUGUUGCUGGUAUAUCGGAAAAAAUUCCUAUUGGAGUGAAAUAUGGUGCUGGCAUCAAUACUAAAUGCAUCCAGUCCAGUGGGAGGAGUAAGAUGGUUGAUCUUUAUGAUACACUAAACCAGGGGACAUCACAAGAAAUUAUGACUUGCAAUAAUUUGCCAAAGAACUUAAACACUGUGGAGUUGAAUCAUACAAAUGGGGAUGGUGGCCAUCUAGAACCAGGUUCCUUCUUGGAAAAAUCAACAUCAGGAAAGAAUCUAAUGAGGAGUGCUGACCAUCAGGAAGUCAUAGCCAGUGACAAGAAACUUGAUCCCUCCUACAAUAUAUGUCAGGCAUCUCUAAACAAUGCAAGCCUGUGGAAUUGUUUUAGUAAUGCAAAUGUCACAACAAAUGGUGACAUACAUUCGUUGGUUGAAAUGGAGGAAAACCUGGACAAGGAUCUGGAGGAAGCACAAGAGCAUAGGAGAAGGUGUGAAAUUGAAGAAAAAAAUGCUCUAAAAGCUUAUCGUAAAGCACAGAGGGAUCUGCUUCAGGCCAAUGUUAGGUGUACUGAUCUAUAUCGUCAAAGAGAACUAUAUUCUGCCAACUUGCGGUCUUUUAUUAUGGACAAUUCCAGUUUGAUAUGGUCCUCAAGGCAGAAUGAACAAGCUGGAAUUGGGUUGGAUCUCGCUAAUAACGUGUCUGAAAAUGUGGACCUAAUACCUACCUCAGGCCAUCAGAUGCAUCCUGAGGAUGAUGGUUGUAACCCAGCGGCUUGUGAUUCAAACAUCCAAUGUGUUAACAAUGCUCAUAUCCACACAUCAUACAAGCAUUUAAGCGAACAAAACAUGGGGACAGAACCAUGCAGUGAACCAGAUUCUAGCACAUCAGAGCCAGUGCCUCUUCUGGGAAAUAAUGGCGCAGAUGGAAUUUGCUCUCCAUCCAAUGAACUAAAUAAUUCAGCAGAUGAAGAUGAAGAUGAAGCGAGAUUUUCAUUUGAAAAUGAAUCAGUCCAACCUAACGUUCUAUGUCAUAAAAACACAGAUUUUGGAAACAAGCAAAAGGAAAUAGAUGAAUCAAAUAGAAAAAUGUCUAUUGAUAGCCCCCAGGAUCCUGUGCUUCUUGAAAGAAUGUUGAGGUCUAAACUAUUUGCAACCCUAGGGACAAAAACCUUGUCAAAGAAUAGUAGUUCAUGUAAUAACACAGAGGUUGCAGUGGAACGUGGGGUUGAAAAUGAUGUCAGAAGUGAAAAAUCCCAAGAAAUUAAAGGGAGCUUUCCCAUCUCUGAAGGGGAAAGGAAUCAAGAAGGCACUGAUGGGCAAGAAAAAAGUUCCUCUGAGGCUCCUCUUGAGAUCAAUUCAUAUUCCGAGGAUAGGCUUUACUUGAGAGGUAAUAUCAUGAGGAGUACUUUUGGGUAUAUGAAAGUCAUUUGCCCAAAAGAUUUGAUAGAACAUCAAGCUAUAAGCCAACAGAGUCCAACUUGUAUCAAUUCUGAAAAAGUCCAGUAUAGCAAUGUUAUGGUUGAACCACUGAAAGAGACUCUGGUGAAAUUAGCUAGAAGAGAAGUUGGCACUUAUAGCACUGGUCCUGCUAUUGAUCCCUUUUGGCCGCUCUGCAUGUAUGAGCUUCGAGGAAAAUGCAACAAUGAUGAGUGUCCUUGGCAACAUGUUAAAGACUACUCUAACACAAAUAUGCAUCAACAUCAGCAUGACAAUUCUGGUAUUGCUGAUUGUCAGGUUGGAUUAACAUUGCAUCAAAAAAAGUGUGAUGAUUCAACAAAAGUCCCCUGGUAUAACCAUGCUAUGACUUCACCAACUUAUCUCGUUGGCUUAGGGAUUAUGAAAACUGAGCUGCAUUCAUAUGAACCUGUUCUAGCACGGAGAAAUGGUCAAUGGUGGAAGAAGUGUUUCAGCCUUUUCUUAGUGUUGUCAAAUUUGUUUCGGAAAGAUGUUACUGAAGAUGUCCCAUUCUUCCAAGGAAAUGAUGGUCACAUGGAGUUCCCUGUGAGUUGGAACAGACAGUCAUCGUAUUUUCAGAGUAGUAACAGCGGAGUGAGUCAACUCACACAAGCUUUGGCUGACAAUGAUCAAUACCUAGAAAUGGCUCUUUUAAUUUUCAGCCAGGAGGCUAAUGAACUUGAGGGUCUGAGAAAGGCUCUCCCUGUGCUGUCACGAGCUCUUGAGGCUGAUCCAACAUCCAUUAUUCUCUGGAUUUUUUAUCUGCUUAUUUACUAUAGCAAUAUGAAGUCAGUAGGGAAGGAUGACAUGUUCUCUUGUGCGGUCAAAUACAAUGAUCGAUCUUAUGAACUUUGGCUCAUGUGCAUCAACAGUCGGAUGCAGCUUGAUGACCGAUUGGUAACGUAUGAUGUCGCUCUCUCAGCACUGUGCCGUCAUGCUACUGCUUCUGACAUAGAUGGAACGUAUGCUAGUGCAUGCACCUUAGACCUAUGUUUGCAAAUGAUGGACUGUUUAUGCAUGUCUGGUAACAUUGACAAGGCCAUUCAGAAAACUUUUGGACUCUUCCCCACUGCCACAAAUUUUGAUGAGCCUAACUCUCUGUCGCUCUCUGAUAUACUCACAUGCCUAACUAUUUAUGACAAAUGUAUAUUAGGGGUUUGUUGUGUUUACUUGGUUAUUUACAGGAAACUUCCUGAUGCUGUAGUGCGACAGUUUGAAUGUCAAAAAGAACUCUUUGAAAUUGAAUGGCCUUCCAUUCAAUUAAUGGAUGAUGAGAAGCAAAGGGCUACCAUGCUGAUGGAAACAGUAGUAGAUUCUGUAGAUUCAUACAUGAAAAUUGAAUCACUUGAAAAAAGUGAGUUUAAUACCAGAGUGGCACAUUUUUUUGCUCUCAACCACUUAAGGUGCAUGGCAGCUCUUGGCAGCUUAGAAAGAUGUGGCCACCUCUUGGAUAAAUAUCUUACUUUGUACCCAUCCUGCUUAGAACUUGUUUUAAUAUCAGCGCGGACACAUAAACAUGAUCUUGGGGAUUCACAUUUUGAGAGAUUUGAAGAAGCCCUUAGUAACUGGCCAAAAGAAGUCCCUGGAGUCCAGUGUAUUUGGAAUCAAUAUGUUGAGUAUGCCCUUCAAAAUGGAAGAUAUGAUUUUGGUAAAGAAGUUAUGGACCGCUGGUUUCGUUCUGUUUGGAAGGUUCACGAUCUUCAAAUUGGUACAUUGGAUGAAAUGAAUUGUGAUAACUCAGAUAGAUCGCAAGGAUUGGCUUCAAAUUCAAUCAAGCAGACACUCAGUUCCAAUCCGAAGCAGAUGGACAUAAUGUUUGGAUAUCUUAAUCUAUCUCUGCAUAACCUCUUACAGAAUGAUCACAGUGAAGCUCGCUUAGCCCUUGACAGAGCAUUGAAUGCUGCUGUUCCUGAAUAUUUUAAGCAUUGCGUAAGAGAACAUGCGCUGUUUAUGCUUACUGAUGAAUCACUGUUAAAGGAGAAUGGUUCUAUCAGUGGCAUACAGAAGAUUUUGGAGCAAUGUUUAGGUGAUGCUCCGGCUUUCCCUACCUCUGAGCCAUUAUCUAGAAAAUUCGUUAACAACAUCAAGAAGCCAAGAGUCCGGCAUCUGGUUAGUAAUGUAUUCAGUCCAUUAUCAUCUGAUUUUUCUGUGGUAAAUUCAGUUCUUGAAGUGUGGUAUGGACCAUCUCUUUUACCAGAAAAGUUCAGUGAGCAAAAAAAUCUGGUGGAUUUUGUUGAAGCCAUCUUGGACAUAACUCCAUCCAACUAUCAGCUAGCUAUUUCUGUAUGCAAGAUGUUAAGCAGUGGCAGCAAUGCCGGUGAUGUUACAUCUCUCAGUGCUUUGUUUUGGGCUAGCUCAAACUUGGUCAGUGCAAUCUUUCAUGCUGUCCCAAUUCCACCAGAGUACGUAUGGGUCGAAGCUGCAGAGGUUUUGGGAAAUAUUGCGAGUGUCGAGCCUAUUUCUGAGAGGUUUUACAAGAGAGCUUUAUCUGUAUAUCCAUUUUCCGUGAAGUUGUGGAAGUCCUAUUCGAUCCUUUCUAUGAUGAGUACAGGAAAUACAAACACUGUUGUGGAAGCAGCAAAAGAAAAGGGCAUAGAACUUGGUUAAGUUUCUUUCUUACAUGUGGGUGUGGCUGUCAGGUUGGAUCAGCAUUUGGUAAAAGCUUUCAUGGCCAGUUUUGAUUAUAAGUAGUAUGUGGAGGCCUCGGUUUGUAGAUGAUACGGUGCUAGUUUUUGAUGUCUGUGGCAAGUUGAUUUUCCCAUUUUUGCUGACAGAGAGGAGGUUGUGAGAUGUUAAUGUGGAAUUAGGAAGUACAGAAGCUUGUACAGGAUAGCAAUACAAUCAAAGAGGUUAUAGCUUUCACCAACUUCAAAGUGAUACAGGCAUGAGAUUCAG